AUGGAUGAAGAAUAUGAUGUCAUUAUACUUGGUACUGGCUUGACUGAAUGUAUUCUCUCUGGUAUAUUAUCAGUUGAAAGAAAAAAAGUCCUUCAUAUGGAUAGAAAUGAUUAUUAUGGAGGUGAAAGCGCUAGUUUAAAUUUGAAACAAUUGUAUCGUAAGUUCCGUCCCAAUGAAGAACCACCAACAACAUUAGGAAAAGAUCGUGAUUACAAUAUUGAUCUCAUUCCUAAAUUUAUGAUGGCCAAUGGUGAACUUGUCAAGAUUCUUACUCACACCGAUGUCACUCGUUAUCUGGAAUUCAAGCAAAUUGCCGGCUCAUAUGUAUAUCGUGAUGGGCAAAUUUCCAAAGUACCUGCAAAUGAAAGUGAAGCUAUACGUAGUCCAUUAAUGGGUAUAUUUGAAAAAAGGAGAGCAAAAAAAUUCUUUGAAUUUAUGCAAAAUUGGCGUGAUGAUGAUCCAAACACUCAUCAAGGUAUUGAUCUUGAUACUGCGUUAAUGUCUGAUGUUUAUAAACAAUUUGGGCUUGAACCCGGUACUCAAGAUUUCAUCGGACAUGCUAUGGCUUUAUAUCUUGAUGAUUCAUACCUUCAGCGUACUGCACGAGAAACUUAUGAAAGAAUCAUUCUUUACUUUACUUCGGUUUCUCGUUAUGGAAAGAGUCCUUAUAUUUAUCCACUUUAUGGUUUAGGUGAAUUACCUCAAGGUUUUGCACGUGCUAUUUAUGGUGGUACAUAUAUGUUGGACAAACCUGUUGAUGAGAUUGUUUAUGAUGGAAAUGGUCGUGUUGUCGGUGUUAGUUCUGGUGGUGAGGUUGCUAAGACAAAACAAGUAAUUGGUGAUCCAUCUUACUUCCCGGCUAAAGUUAGAAAGGUCGGCAAAGUAGUUCGUGCAAUUUGUCUGCUUAAAGAUUUUAUACCAAAUACUGAAAAUGUAUCUUCAACUCAUAAUGUUUGUGCUCCUGAUUAUCAACUCGCUAUUGUUUCUACCAUUGUAGAAACCGAUAGACCAGAAAAUGAGAUCAAACCUGGACUUGACUUACUUGGUCCAAUUGUCGAAAAAUUUAUAAGUGUCUCGGAUCUUGAAGAGCCAAUCGAUGAUGGUACCAACGAUCAAGUGUUCGUUUCUCGCUCUUAUGAUGCCACAUCUCAUUUUGCAACAGUUUGUGCUGAUGUCAAAAACAUUUAUCGUCGUGUGACUGGCAAAGAUCUUGAAUUAAAACAACGACCAACUCAAGAUGAAGAACAAAGAGAAAUGUCCGAAUCUUAA